AUGGCCCCCGGGCGGACCUGGGCCGGCGCCGCCGUGCGCGCCCGCCUGGCGCUGGCCUUGGCGCUGGCGAGCGUCCUGAGCGGACCCCCCGCUGCCGCCUGCCCCACCAAGUGUACCUGCUCCGCCGCUAGCGUGGACUGCCACGGGCUGGGCCUGCGCGCCGUUCCCCGGGGCAUUCCCCGCAACGCAGAGCGCCUUGACCUGGACAGAAAUAACAUCACCAGGAUCACCAAAACGGACUUCGCUGGACUGAAGAAUCUCCGAGUCUUACAUCUAGAAGACAAUCAGGUCAGCAUCAUCGAGAGAGGCGCCUUCCAGGAUCUGAAGCAGCUGGAGCGAUUACGUUUGAACAAGAACAAGCUCCAGGUCCUUCCAGAAUUACUUUUCCAGAGCACACCGAAGCUCACCAGACUAGAUCUGAGCGAAAACCAGAUCCAGGGCAUCCCGAGGAAGGCUUUCCGAGGCAUCGCAGACGUUAAGAACCUGCAACUGGACAAUAACCACAUCAGCUGCAUUGAAGAUGGAGCCUUCCGAGCGCUGCGCGAUUUGGAGAUCCUCACCCUCAACAAUAACAACAUCAGCCGCAUCCUGGUCACCAGCUUCAACCACAUGCCAAAGAUCCGGACUCUGCGUCUCCACUCCAACCACCUGUACUGUGAUUGUCAUUUGGCCUGGCUCUCGGAUUGGCUGCGACAGCGGCGGACGAUUGGCCAGUUCACCCUCUGCAUGGCUCCCGUGCACUUGAGGGGCUUCAACGUGGCAGAUGUACAGAAGAAGGAGUAUGUGUGUCCAGGUCCCCACUCAGAGGCUCCGGCCUGUAAUGCCAACUCCCUCUCCUGCCCUUCUGCUUGCACAUGCAGUAAUAACAUCGUAGACUGCCGAGGGAAGGGAUUGACGGAGAUCCCUGCCAACCUGCCAGAGGGCAUCGUGGAAAUACGACUGGAACAGAACUCCAUCAAAUCCAUUCCUGCAGGAGCCUUCACCCAGUACAAGAAACUGAAGCGAAUAGACAUCAGCAAGAAUCAGAUAUCGGACAUAGCUCCAGAUGCCUUCCAGGGCCUGAAAUCACUCACGUCGCUGGUGCUCUAUGGGAACAAGAUCACAGAGAUUCCCAAGGGACUGUUUGAUGGCCUUGUAUCCCUGCAGCUGCUCCUCCUCAAUGCCAACAAGAUCGACUGCCUGAGGGUGAACACCUUCCAGGACCUGCAGAACCUAAACCUGCUCUCUCUGUAUGACAACAAGUUGCAGACGAUCAGCAAGGGGCUCUUCAUUCCUCUACAGUCCAUCCAGACCCUCCACUUAGCUCAAAACCCAUUUGUUUGCGACUGCCACUUGAAGUGGCUGGCUGACUAUCUCCAGGACAACCCCAUCGAGACAAGCGGGGCCCGCUGCAGCAGCCCACGCCGGCUGGCCAACAAGCGCAUCAGCCAGAUCAAAAGCAAGAAGUUCCGCUGCUCAGGCUCUGAGGAUUAUCGCAACAGAUUCAGCAGUGAGUGUUUCAUGGACCUGGUGUGCCCUGAGAAGUGCCGCUGUGAGGGCACCGUCGUCGACUGCUCCAACCAGAAGCUGGCCCGAAUCCCGAGCCACCUCCCCGAAUACACCACUGACCUGCGACUGAAUGACAAUGACAUCUCUGUCCUGGAGGCCACUGGGAUCUUCAAGAAGUUGCCAAACCUUCGGAAAAUAAACCUGAGCAACAAUAGGAUCAAGGAGGUGCGAGAGGGCGCCUUCGAUGGAGCCACAGGUGUUCAGGAGCUGAUGCUGACCGGGAACCAACUGGAGGCCAUGCAUGGGCGCAUGUUCCGAGGCCUCAGUGGCCUCAAGACACUGAUGCUGAGGAGCAACCUGAUCAGCUGCGUAAACAAUGACACCUUUGCUGGCCUAAGCUCCGUGAGACUGCUGUCACUCUAUGACAAUCGGAUCACCACCAUCACCCCUGGAGCCUUCACCACACUCGUCUCUCUGUCCACCAUAAACCUCCUGUCUAACCCUUUCAACUGCAACUGCCACAUGGCCUGGCUCGGCCGGUGGCUGAGGAAGCGCCGCAUUGUCAGCGGGAACCCCAGAUGCCAGAAGCCCUUUUUCCUCAAGGAGAUUCCUAUCCAAGAUGUGGCCAUCCAGGACUUUACCUGUGAUGGCAAUGAGGAGAGCAGCUGCCAGCUGAGUCCGCGCUGUCCCGAGCAAUGCACCUGUGUGGAGACGGUGGUGCGAUGCAGCAACAGGGGUCUCCGCGCCCUCCCCAAAGGCAUGCCGAAGGAUGUGACUGAACUGUACCUGGAAGGAAACCAUUUAACAGCGGUGCCCAAAGAGCUGUCCGCCCUCCGACAGCUGACACUUAUUGACCUGAGCAACAACAGCAUCGGCGUGCUGACCAAUUACACCUUCAGCAACAUGUCUCACCUCUCCACGCUGAUCCUGAGCUACAACCGGCUGAGAUGCAUCCCCGUCCAUGCCUUCAACGGCCUCCGGUCACUCCGAGUGCUAACCCUCCACGGCAAUGACAUUUCCAGUGUUCCCGAAGGCUCCUUCAACGAUCUGACGUCCCUUUCCCACCUGGCCCUGGGAACCAACCCUCUCCACUGCGACUGCAGUCUGCGUUGGUUAUCAGAGUGGGUAAAGGCUGGGUACAAGGAGCCUGGCAUUGCCAGAUGCAGUAGCCCCGAGUCCAUGGCGGACAGACUCCUGCUCACCACUCCUACCCACAGGUUCCAGUGCAAAGGGCCAGUGGACAUUAACAUCGUGGCCAAGUGCAACGCCUGCCUCUCUAGCCCGUGCAAGAACAAUGGCACAUGCAGUCAGGACCCCGUGGAACAGUACCGCUGUACCUGCCCCUACAGCUACAAGGGCAAGGACUGCACGGUGCCCAUCAACACUUGCGUCCAGAACCCCUGCCAGCAUGGAGGUACCUGCCACUUGAGUGAGAACCACAAAGACGGAUACAGCUGCUCCUGCCCCCUGGGCUUUGAGGGACAACGGUGUGAGAUCAACCCGGAUGACUGUGAGGACAACGACUGUGAGAACAAUGCCACCUGCGUGGACGGGGUCAACAACUACGCAUGCGUGUGCCCGCCUAACUACACAGGAGAACUGUGUGAUGAGGUGAUUGACUACUGUGUACCUGAGAUGAACCUCUGUCAACAUGAGGCCAAGUGUAUCUCCCUGGACAAAGGAUUCCGGUGUGAGUGUGUGCCUGGCUACAGUGGAAAGCUGUGUGAGACAGAUGACGAUGACUGUGCAGCUCACAAGUGCCGCCACGGAGCUCAGUGCGUGGACGAAGUCAAUGGCUACACAUGCAUCUGCCCCCAGGGCUUCAGUGGGCUCUUCUGUGAGCACCCUCCACCCAUGGUUCUGCUGCAAACCAGCCCCUGCGACCAGUACGAGUGCCAGAACGGGGCACAGUGCAUUGUGGUGCAGCAGGAGCCCACUUGCCGCUGCCCCCCAGGCUUUGCCGGGCCCAGGUGUGAGAAGCUCAUUACUGUGAACUUCGUGGGCAAGGACUCCUACGUGGAACUGGCCUCAGCCAAGGUCCGGCCCCAGGCCAACAUCUCACUGCACGUGGCCACUGACAAGGACAACGGCAUCCUUCUUUACAAGGGGGACAACGACCCCUUGGCGCUGGAGCUGUACCAGGGCCACGUGAGACUCGUGUAUGACAGCCUGAGCUCCCCACCAACCACGGUGUACAGUGUGGAGACGGUGAAUGAUGGUCAGUUUCACAGUGUGGAGCUGGUGAUGCUGAACCAGACCCUGAACCUGGUGGUAGACAAAGGAGCCCCCAAGAGCCUGGGGAAGCUCCAGAAGCAGCCAGCAGUGGGCAUCAACAGCCCUCUCUAUCUUGGAGGGAUCCCCACCUCCACUGGCCUCUCAGCCUUACGCCAGGGCGCAGACAGGCCGCUGGGCGGCUUCCACGGCUGUAUCCACGAAGUGCGCAUCAACAACGAGUUGCAGGAUUUCAAGGCCCUCCCGCCUCAGUCCCUGGGGGUCUCUCCCGGCUGCAAGUCCUGCACUGUGUGUCGGCACGGCCUGUGUCGCUCCGUGGAGAAGGACAGCGUGGUGUGCGAGUGCCACCCAGGAUGGACCGGCCCACUGUGUGAUCAGGAAGCUCGGGACCCCUGCCUUGGUCACAGCUGCAGCCAUGGGAAAUGCGUGGCCACUGGCAACUCAUACAUUUGCAAGUGUGCCGAGGGCUAUGGAGGAGCUUUGUGUGACCAUAAGAAUGACUCUGCCAACGCCUGUUCAGCCUUCAAGUGCCACCAUGGGCAGUGCCGCAUCUCAGAUCAAGGGGAGCCCUACUGCCUGUGCCAGCCUGGCUUCAGUGGCAAUCACUGCGAGCAAGAGAAUCCAUGUAUGGGGGAGAUAGUCCGCGAAGCCAUCCGCCGCCAGAAAGAUUAUGCCUCCUGUGCCACAGCCUCCAAGGUGCCCAUCAUGGAAUGCCGAGGGGGCUGUGGAAGUCAGUGCUGCCAGCCGAUUCGCAGCAAGCGGCGGAAAUAUGUCUUCCAGUGCACUGAUGGCUCCUCCUUCGUGGAAGAGGUGGAGAGACACUUGGAAUGUGGCUGCCGUGCGUGUUCCUGAGCCCCCCUGCCAUCUACCCAACCACCGCCUCUCAGACUCCAGCUCACUGGGCAGGGGACAGCCCAAGCAGAACCUCUUUUGAGAUUCAGAAUGAAGGAGAGAAAGCUGGAGAGCAAGAGGCAAAAGAGAGAAUAUUAAGUAUAUUGUAAAAUAAACAAAAAAAAAUAGAACUUAUUUUUAUUAUGGAAAGUGACUAUUUUCAUCUUUUAUUAUAUAAAUAUAUCACACCGUCUGAGUAUAUGUACUAUAUAGUGCGUUAUUUUUACCAAGUUUUGUUUUGUGUUGUGUAUUUGUUGUGUUUUUAUAAACAGCUGUUUAAAUUUCUAAGACAAAAAAAAAGACUAAUAAAAAUGUUUUAAACAAAAGGAGAAGAAUAGAGAAACGAAAGCCUGAGGCAGGAAGAGGGAAUUUUAUGUGUAUGUAGCUCUCUUCAGUCAGCACAAACGAGAGCUAUUUCUUGAGCUGGCUUGGAAAAAAGGAAGAGAGAAGUGGAAGUACUUACGUUGUUGUUUCUCCAUGGCCUUCACUCCUCUUUUACUCUCUUCCUGGUAGGCAGCAAGCUUCCUACUCUCCUGGCUUUCUAGGCCCAGUGUGUCCCCUUGCUUCCUAAAGGUGCUUCUGAGCCCUGCAAGCCUUGUUGUACUUCAGAGGAAUUGCUGUCCUUGCCUAUCAUCUGACCCAGGCUUCUGCAGGAUAUGAGCCCACUGGGAGGCAGAGGCAGCGGCCCCUGGUCUCCUUGAGGGAGUUGAAGCAAACUUUAGUGAGUGAGCUGGGUCCGUUCUGCCUCUCCCCACAAAGCCUGUCCUCUGAGAGGAGAUGAAGAAAGAGGGAACUGGGAAGUCUCCCCAGGUCCCAGACACCCAGCCCUGCCUUACAAGUCCUCUUCUUUCCAGCGAGUUUCAAUACCAGAAAGCAGGCAGCAGGACUGCCGGAGAGCAAGACAGGAAGCUGCAUCUCCAUGGAAGCCCAACAGGCAGGCUCUGGCUUCUGGUCUUCUAGAACACCACCAUCUCAGUGGCAAAGACCCACUGCUGAGGAGCAACACCAUCCAGCACGUGUCUGAAACCUAACUUUAUCUAACCCCUACUUUCUGGUGCACUGAACCCCAUUUCUCAACUAAAGACACUCAGGCCCCUUCGCUUGCCUUACUCCUCCCUCUGAUGAGUGGAGACCCAGGCCUGGAGUGCAGAGUCAGACUCGAGAUUCCCCUCCAGAACGAGCAGACACAGGAGACAGGCAGCAAAAAAGCCCAUCAGCAAAAAAGAAAGCAGAUGUGUUGCCAGCUGCCUUUCCUCCUUGCUCUGUUUUCUUCCAUCUUCCUUUCUGUCUCAUUCAUGUCUAGAAAAUUUCUAGAGUCAGGGACUCGGACAUCUAGGAAGCAUUGUUGUCUGGCAGAUGCUGGUUCCUGAAGGCCUUUUCUGACCUCCCACA